AUGCCCAUGGAGAGCGGGAGGAGGCAAGCAGGCGUGGUGGCGAUCGAGUGCGUCGCGGGCGGGUCGCGGGCCGAGGAGUGGGGGCCCGGGAGCAGCGAGACGGUGCAGACGGGGGACGUCGUGGAGGAGCUCCUCAUCGGGGUCGGCAGCCGGGGCGGGCCCGCAUCGCACGCCGCGCCCUUCAAGGGCGGCCGCGCCGCGCUGCAGAAGCUCCUGCACGCGGCCUACAAGCGCGGGGAGACCUCCGUCGAGGUGCGCGUGCGCCGCUCCGCCUCCGCGCAGGGGCAGCAGCGGCAGCUCGUCGCCGGCGGCGACAGCAGCGGGGAGCUGGUGGACGCGGCCACCGAGGCCAGGAUGCAGGCCUGCAUCGUGCCGCAGGAGUCCGUCGGCGGCGGCGGGAUCGGCCGCAGCCGCCAGUACGUGCUCCGCUCCAUCCGCGACCCCAACUACGCCGUCGGCCUCGUCGACCGCAUGGAGAGCGAGUGCACCGCCAUCAGAGGCUCGAGGAGCUCGAGGGUGGUGUGCGCGCUGAGUAAGGCGCAGCUGCAGGACGGCUACGUGUCCUACCCGUGGGAGAAGAAGAUGCGGGAGGUGCUACCAAUGCCCAACUCCAGCAGCUUCCUCUCCUUGCUCAUUCUGCCCAUGGCGCUCGACCGUGCCGGCUCCCGCUACAACUCCGUCGAGGACACCCUGGCCCGCGCCAACGCCUGGAUCCUCUCGUCUCAGGCGUCCGGCGUGCCCAUUGCAUUCUUGAACGUGCAGACAGAGGCCCUUCUCACCAAGAUCUCCGGCGAGACAGCAUCUUCGACGGUCAACUCUGGCUCACUGGCCGACCUCCCGAACCUCGCCAACGCCAGCCUUUAUGGCUUCGAGGACUAUCACGGCGUGGACAUCGGCGUGGUGAAGGCGGUGCGCGUUUGGUACACCGCCGCUGCUGGAGAGAUGCCUGUGGAGAUCAUCCUCGAGGAGGGCGACGCCAGGCUCGGGUUCGCCAUUAGCCGCACUGAAGAGGGCUUCAUCUACGUCUCGUCCGUGGUGGAGAACGACGUCGAGCGCCAGGCACCGUCGAUGCGUUCGGGGCUCCGCGACCUCUAUCGGGAGGCGAAGCGCGCGUCCAAGCUGCUGGUCAUCUCGAGGGUGUCAGGCCAAAAGGUGCUGCCGUGGAUGGUGUCGACUUCCGGCGCCAUCCGGUGCUUCGACACCGUGUCCCUCAGCCAGAAACUGUCCCUGCACCGCCACGCUCUGCGCCCGAUCCUUCUUCACGUGCUCAUGUGGGACGGCAAGUCCGACGCGCCGGCUCGACCAGGCCACGAUCCCUGCCCGCUGCCGCUGCCUUUGCCGUCCCCGGAAUUCGCGGAGUUGCCGCGGCAGAACUCGUUUGCGUGCGUCGAACAGCGGCUGCAGACGGAAGUGGACCCCGGGGUCAUGCACGAGAGGGAUACCGCUGGGGAUGCAUCCUUCAGGUUCCAUAAUUUCUCGCUGCCCAACAACUGGGUCUGA